GCACCGCCUAUCCCAUAAUGCAGCGGGGCGAGGGUCUAAGGAAAGAUGGCGGAGGGAGGAGCAGCUGAUCUGGAUACUCAGAGAGGAGAGGUCGUAACGCUGCUCAAAACUCAGCUCCGGAAAGGAGACACUUGGUACUUAAUAGACAGUCACUGGUUCAAACAGUGGAAGAAAUAUGUGGGCUUUGACAGUUGGGAUAAGUACCAGAUGGGAGAUCAGAAUGUCUACCCGGGACCAGUGGACAACUCAGGGCUCCUUAAAGAUGGGGAUGUUCUUGCUAUUAAGGAGCACCUUAUCGAUGAAUUGGAUUACAUCCUUGUGCCUACUGAGGGCUGGAAUAAGUUAGUGAGCUGGUAUGGACUGACUGAGGGCCAGGAACCGAUCGCCAGAAAGGUGGUUGAGCAGGGUAUGUUUGUGAAGCACUGCAAAGUGGAGGUCUACCUCACAGAGUUAAAGCUAUGUGAAGACAGCAACAUGGACAAUGUCAUCACUAGACGCUUUAGUAAAGCGGACACAAUAGACACUAUCGAAAAGGAGAUGCGCAAACUGUUCAGCAUUCCUGAUGAGAAGGAGACCAGGUUGUGGAACAAAUACAUGAGCAACACCUUUGAGCCUUUGAACAAACCAGACAGCACCAUUCAGGACGCGGGACUCUACCAGGGGCAGGUUCUUGUUAUAGAGCAGAAGAACGAGGAUGGAACUUGGCCUCGCGGUUCCUCUACGCAGAAGUCAUCUGGUGCUUCCAAUCUCUCUGCUUUACCAAAGAUCUCCCCUUCAUCUCUCACAAACAAUCAUAACAGCAGCUUCAGCAGCAGGAAUGUGAAAAACUCUAGCUACAGCCUUUCAUCCUACCCUCCCUAUAGCAGCUAUGAGUACUCGGACCAGAGUAGGCACAGUGAGAAAGCAGGCCUGUGUGGCCUCUCCAACCUGGGCAAUACCUGCUUCAUGAACUCUGCUACACAGUGUCUGAGUAAUAUUCCUCCGCUCACUGAGUACUUCCUGAAGGACAAAUAUCAGGAUGAGCUGAACGAGGACAACCCUUUGGGAAUGAAAGGAGAGAUUGCUAAGGCUUACGCUGAGCUUAUCAAACAGCUCUGGUCUGGCAAAUACAGCUACGUCACUCCUAGACCUUUCAAGACCCAAGUAGGGCGCUUUGCCCCUCAGUUCUCAGGCUAUCAGCAACAGGACUCCCACGAACUGCUGGCCUUCCUUCUCGACGGCUUGCACGAGGACUUGAACCGCAUCAGGAAGAAGCCCUACAUCCAGCUCAAAGAUGCUGAAGGAAGACCAGACAAGGUAGUAGCUGAAGAGGCCUGGGAGAACCAUAUCAAGAGGAAUGACUCCAUCAUCGUGGAUAUAUUUCACGGCCUCUUUAAGUCUACGUUGGUCUGCCCUGUGUGUUCAAAGGUCUCUGUGACUUUUGAUCCGUUCUGUUACCUCACACUUCCUCUGCCCAUGAAGAAGGAGCGUACUCUGGAGGUCUACUUGGUGCGGCUAGACCCCCUCACCAAACCCACGCAGUAUAAGCUGACAGUACCCAAAGUCGGCUACAUCUCAGACCUCUGUGCAUCUCUUUCGGUUCUGUCUGGAGUACCUGCAGAAAAGAUGAUUGUCACAGAUAUCUACAACCACCGGUUCCAUCGAAUCUUUGCUACAAAUGAGAACCUGAGCAGUAUAAUGGAAAGGGACGAUAUCUAUGUGUUUGAGGUUGGAGUAAACCGGCUAGAGGACACAGAGCAUGUGGUGAUUCCCGUGCACCUACGAGAGAAAUAUAAGCAGUCCGGCUACAACCAUAGCAGCACACCCCUGUUUGGCCUACCCUUCCUCAUAACCAUCCCACGCACUCUCAGCGAGGAGAAGUUCUACAACCUGCUACUUCUCCGUCUGUGUCGUUUUGUGCGCUCAGCUAUGGAAGAAGAGGAAUGCGACGAGACGCACUUGUCCAAGCAGCACGCUAUCAACGGCAAUGCCACUAACGGUAUUCUGGAGGAGGGCUCGCCCAGUGAAAUGGAGACUGAUGAGCAGGAUGAUGAAUCCAGUCAGGACCAGGAACUCCCAUCAGAGAAUGACAACAGCCAGUCAGAGGAUUCGGUGGGCGGGGACAACGAUCUGGAGAAUGGGGUCGGCCCAGAGAACACGACCAAAGGCCAGCAGCUCACAGGCCAUAAAAAGCGACUUUUCACAUUCCAGUUCAACAACAUGGGCAAGACUGAUCUGAGUUUUAUUAAAGAAGAACCACGGCAGAUCCGAUUCGAUGAGGGACACCUUCGACUCAGCGACAGAUCUUAUCUCUCCUUGGACUGGGAGCCAGAGAUGAAGAAGAAAUACUUUGACGAAAGUCUAGCGGAGGACUUUGAUAAACAUGAAAGCAUGGAAUACAAACCUCAAAAGAAGGCCUUCUUUAAAUUAAAGGACUGCAUAGAGCUCUUCACUACCAAAGAAAAAUUAGGAGCAGAGGACCCAUGGUAUUGUCCCAGUUGUAAGCAGCACCAGCAGGCCACUAAGAAGUUAGACCUGUGGUCCCUGCCUCCUGUACUAGUGGUCCAUCUGAAGCGCUUCUCUUACAGCCGUUACAUGAGGGAUAAGCUGGACUCAUUGGUGGACUUCCCCCUUCGUGACCUGGACAUGUCCGAGUUCCUGAUCAACCCCAAUGCUGGGCCGUGCCGCUACAACCUCAUUGCCGUGUCUAACCACUACGGAGGAAUGGGAGGAGGCCACUAUACGGCCUAUGCCAAAAACAAGGACGAUGACAAGUGGUACAACUUUGAUGACAGCAUUGUAUCGCCAGUCAGUGAGGAUCAGAUUGUGUCCAAAGCAGCAUAUGUCCUAUUCUACCAGCGUCAGGACACAGUAAAGGGAACGGGCUACUUUGCUCUAGACCGCGAGGACGCCGAGGAACAAGAGAACAGCUUAGCACAGGGGGUCAACGGCCAGAGUGACGAAGAUGAAGACGAAGAGGAGGAAGACCUAAAUGACAAUGAGCAAGAUGAAGAGCUGGAGCCAAAUGACAUUUCCAUGAACACCAACUGAGGUGCGACAGACCUGGCAUCGCAGGAUGGUGGGGUCGGUCGUCUGAAGCCAUAUCGAGAGCAGCAAGACCAGAGAGUACCACAGCUGGAUAGGCUGGGUGAUAAGAGCCCUUGUGAUUUUAGCGUCUAACCCAGCAGGGCGAUGUUUAUUCUCCCCCCUUUUUUUUUUACUUUUCCACAUGGUUCCCCUGCCUCCGCUCCUUCUACACGCCUAAAGCUCUGAUGGUGAAAGAAAGCCUGAACCGGCUAAACAGAGGUCUAAAUGUGAUGCCUGAAAGUCAGCAAUGUUGCUCUUUCAGUUUCCUUCAUUGUAGUGUGGUGUUCUUUUUUUCUCCUCAAGAGGCACAUUUACAGGUUUUAUCGUUAUUUAACCUUGUAUAUAAUGUUGGAUGGACAGUGAUCCUAUGGGUUUUUAAGGAUAGCGAAAUUUCAUUGACCACUCCAUUUUGUUUUUAGAGCUAGUAUUAGUGCCACACAUACUGCAGAAGCGCAAGCUAGCGCUUCUUUCUGGUGUCCAAUCUAUCAGCUGCUCAGAAAGAUGUCUUUAAACCAAUGGUAAAUGCAUCAAGAAGCUAUUUCUCUCAUGUCAGAGCACUGAUAUGUAAUGUAAAAACUUUAGUCAAUUGUGCUGCUGUAUGCCUCCUUAUGGGUUUUUAGGGUAACUUAAUCCUGGCAAGUAAGGGUCUCCUGACUCGGCUUUCUUAAAGGCAUGACUUUUAAGAACCGUAGCUUUACCAUUGCUUCAGAUGUAAGUUUUGUUCUCUUUCACCAUAGAUGCUUUUUAAUGAGAUUAUGAACAUUUCGGUGAUGCAAUAGAUUUGUCUCUUGCCUCCAUCACCUCGCCUUAAAUCUAAUCUCAGACUGUUGCCUGUUUGCACAGAUAUUUGUUUAUUUGCAUUUCUCAUACACACACACGCACGCCUAAGUAGAUGCAGCCGUAGGUGCAAGCUCACUUGUUCAUCUCACACAUUCUUUAACAUAACCCUACAAACACAUGCUCUAGUGACUGCUGAAAUUUGCCAGUUCUCCCAGAGUGGCAGCCAGAAUGUAUUUGACUAAGGAAUUGACCUGUUUUAGAUUGAUGCCUUCAAUGGAAAUUUUAUUUUAUUUUAUUUUAAUUUUAAUUUUUUGUUCUAGUUUUAGUUUAGGGGUUUGGGGAGGGUGAUUGAAUCGCCUUUAAUAUUAACUACACAAAAAAGUGGGGCUACUGCUGUAUGUGCUUUGUGUAAUAGGGCGCGUGGGCACAGGGAUAAUCAGACUGUGUGAGACUGACUGGUAGGCUUUAUAAAUAAUGUAUAUAAGAAUUCACUCUGUGAGUGCACAUUUGAUAAAUUUAUUUAUUUAUAUGUAAGCAUUACAAAACAAAUGUAUUUAAGACCACAGGAAAAGAAGAGAGAAUAUGUAUCGUCCAGCAGUAUAGAAGGGACUGGGCUUUAGGUCUGUUAAAGGAUGUGCUAUUGCUUGGAGUCUUUUGUAAAGGUAAACUCGGACAUCCUUGCAUGAUGAAGGGGGUUUCAGCGUUUGGCUACACUUGAGUUCACUUGGGUUUACAUUUGAAAUGUGCAUGUGUAUUUAUAUACAGAACUUCAAUAAAGUUGUGUAAAGUCU